AUGGAGUUGGAAGGAGAUCAAGGGUUGGAGGAAAAGGCUAGCCGAGCAGAUCACCAAAGAAAACUUGAUAAUGCAAUUGAAAAAUACAAAAUAGAUAUUUUUGAUUCUGUUGAUUCUGUUAGCGAAAUAUUUGAUGAUCCACUUUUGAGUAACUUUGAGUAUAUAGCUCAUAAUAUAUUGAACAAAGGAGGAUGGUUCGAUGUUCGUUCUUUAGAAUCUACUGAUGAUGACCCCACCGACGUACAACUUGCCUUUACAAGAUAA